AUGAAGCUUCGGAAAGCCUGGUUGCUGGCCCUGCUCUUGGUGCUGACACAGCUGCUGGCUGCAGCGAGCGCUGAAGAUGCUCACGAAGAUGUUUCAGAUACAAAACAUGCCAUUGAGGAUGAAGAGGAGAAAGAUGAAGAGGAAGAUGACUUCGCAGUUAAGGAAGGAAAUGGUGUUUUGGUCUCAGAUGAUGCAAAUUUUGAUAACAUUGUGGCUGACCAACAUACAGUGCUACAAUUCUCCCACACCACAGUGCUACUGGAGUUCCAGGCACCAUGGUGUGGACAUGGCAAGCAGUUUGCUCCAGAUGAGAAAGUAGCCAGCACUUUGAAGAAUAAUGAGUUUCCCAUUGCUGUCGCUAAGACUGAUGCAACCCCAGCAUCCAUGUUGGCAAGCAGAUUUCAUGUGCGUGGCUUUCCCACCAUCAAGAUCCUGAAGAAGGAUCAGGCUGUUGACUAUGAGAGCUCUAGGACCCAGGAGAAAAGUUGUUGCCAGAGUCAGAGAAGUUCUCAGCCCGUCAGACCUCCACCUGAAGUCACACUUUCACUCGCUACAGAUAACCUCGACGAUGUUGUGAACAAUGCAGACACCAUUCUGCUGGAGUUCUAUGCCCCCGGUGGACACUGCAAGAAACUUCACCCUGACUAUGAGAAGACUGUCAAGGAGCUCAGCAAACAUUCUCCCCCAAUUCCCAUAGCCAAAGUUAAAGCUACUGAACGGACAGACGUGGCCAUGAGGUUUGAUGUCUCUGGCUACCCCACUUUGGAAAUUUUCCGGAAAGGAAGGCCUUUUGACUACAACGGGCCAUGAGAGAAAUACAGAAUUGUUGACACACCUGAGCAAUCUGGGGCUCCCUCAAAGGAGCUUCUGACCCUGAAGCAGGUCCAGGAGAUCCUGAAGGAUGGAGAUGAUGGAGUCCUCAUUGGGGUUUUUCAGGGAGACGUUGGCCCAGUUUAUCUGCAGUGUCAGGGUGCUGCUAACAACCUGAGAGAAGAGUACACGUUUCACCACACUUUCCGUGCUGAAAUAGCUAAGGUCUUGAAAGUCUCCGUGGGGAAGUUGGUGUUGACGCAGCCUGAGAAAUUCCAGUCGGAGGAUGAGCCCUGGAGCAAUAUGAUGGAUGCUCAGGGCUCGACAGGGGCAUCAGCCAUUAAGGACUAUGUGGUGAAACACUCCCUGCGCCAAGCGGUACACAGGCGCCCCCUGGUGGCUGUAUGCUACAGUGUGGACUUGCGCUUUGAUUACAGAGUUUUGGCAUAACAAGUUCUGGAGAUGGCCACGGACUUCUCUGAGUACACCUUUGCCAUUGCUGAUGAGGAAGAUUAAGUCAUGGAGGUGAAGGACCUGGGACUCAGCGAGAGUAGAGAGGAUGUCAGUGCAGUCAUCCUAGAUGAGAGUGGGAAGAAGUUUGCCACGGAGCCAGAGGAGUUUGUUUCAGACACUCUCUGGGAGUUUAUCACAGCUUUUUAAAAAGGAAAACUGAAACCAGUCAUCAAAUCACAGCCAGUACCCAAGAACAACAAGGGACCAGUCAGGGUGGUAGUGGGAAAAACCUUUGAUGCCAUUGUGAUGGACCCCCAAAAGGAUGUCCGCAUUGAAUUCUACGCACCCUGGUGUGGGUAUUACAAGCAGUUGGAGCCCAUCUACACUAAUCUAGGCGAGAAAUACAAGGGCCAGAAGGACUUGGUCAUCACCAAGAUAGAUGCUCCUGCCAAUGACAUCACCAGUGACCCAUAUAAGGUAAAGGGCUUCCCCACCAUCUAUGCUGCCCCCAGCGGGGACAAUUAAAUUAAACUUGAGGGUGGAGACAGAGAUCUGGAGCAUUUGAGCAAGUUUAUAGAUGCCACAAAGAAGAGCAGGCCCAAGGAAGAACUUUAAAGGCCUGGUCGUCUGCAGAAG